AUGACGCAAACAUUCGAAGGAUAUUCUUUUCAUAGUACUAGCGACGGCAUUUUGGAAAUGGAUCUAAUCCAACAGCGUCUAAUAUUGCAGUUUCGAAAAGAAAAAAAAAAAAAACCAAUGAGAGAUUGCAAUCAUCCGAUGUUCAUUAUGGAAGUAAAUAUCAUUUAUACGGUACAUGAAGUGUGCUUUGUACCCAUAAGAAGUGUUACACCUGUAGCAAUACGCAGAAUAAGUGAAAUGUGUCGCACCCAGAGGUCCAUAUCUAUGAUGCCAAGAAGGAGGACGAGAUCCAUAAUUAUGAAACCAAGAAAGUGGAUGAGUGUAGAAAUGCACGAUGGUAAUUAUGACGGUAGCGAUUUUGAUAACUGGUGGUUAAGGUAUAUGUUAUUGGUCGAACUUGGAAUGUAUUUUUUGACGGUAUGCAUCAUGAAGGAAUCAGCAGCAAUGUUGAGAAUAAUAAUUGGUGGAAGUUAA